CGACGCGCUUGUGAACAGCACAUGCUAGUGAGUCCGGGCGGAGUCGCAGUACGUGCCCUCAGCUAACAACAACUAACUAUCCGUGCGCUAUCUUUCAAUCGGUUUAACGGUAUCAGUGACACCAAUCUGAUUCACAGUUGGCGUGCCGUGAAAUUGCGUGUCCCCUGCAAAAGUGUGUUCCGCGCCAGAGCAAAGCCAGUUAUCUGUUCUUUUCGAACGCGUAAAUAAGGCGAACAUUACUCAUACGCCUCGUUGUGCAAAGUCGAUCGCAGAAUUAUUCUGUAGCUAAAAAAAAGAAUUGUAUACGUAACGGAAAAGAGUGCGAGCUAUAAAUAUUAUAUCUGAAAUAAUCUGAAAGAAAUUCUAAAAUCUGAACAAAUGGAUCACAAAGCAAUCGCAAGUCAAGUGCGAGGUGAGCUAAACCUACGCACAGCAUUCGAUCUGUUGGAUAGAAACCGGGAUGGACGCGUUACCGCAAAUGAGUUGCAGUUCAUGCUCAAGAAUCUGGGCAUAAAUGUGCGCGAUGAAAUUAUUCAUGAUCUCAUACGUGAGGCGAGCCAUUCAGGCAACGGUUUAAUCAACGAGACCGAGUUUCUGCAGUGGGUGGGCAGAAUCCAGGCGCUGCGGGAUGAUCAACAGCACGACGAGAAUUCCAGCAGUGCCAGCAAGCCGGUGGACGAGGCCGACGACAUCACCGAGGACUUGAUAGCCGCAUUUAGGGUAUUCGAUCGCGAUGGCAACGGGUUUAUAACGCGAGAUGAGCUGCAAACCGCUAUGGAAAUGAUUGGGGAGCCGUUGAACGAGGCGCAGUUGGAGCAGCUGCUCGCAAUUGCCGACUUGGAUCAAGAUGGGCGCAUUAAUUACGAGGAGUUUACGAGACUUUUGCUGUAAGCGAACAACACGACCGCAAUUACAGAUGGAUGGCAAGAGUUCAACUAAUUAAACCCAAUUUUGAAGCGAUUGCUAACAUACUCAGACAGAAUUCAUAAAUGUUUUACAAAAAAAACAUAAAUCUAAUUAUUUAUACUAAGAACCUGAGGGAAAUUGUAAGAAGCACCAGCACACACACACACACACACACACACAUAAAAAUCGAACUUUGAUUUGAUCCUCAUCAAGUUCCCAGGGAUUUUCCCUUUGAAUAUUCACUUGGACACGCCCACACACACAAACACACACACACACACAUAAAAAUCGAACUUUGAUUUGAUCCUCAUCAAGUUCCCAGGACUUGGACACGCCCACACACACACACACACACACGCACACACACACAUAAAAAUCGAACUUUGAUUUGAUCCUCAUCAAGUUCCCAGGGAUUUUCCCUUUGAAUAUUCACUUGGACACACACACACACGCACACACACACACACGGCCACACCCUAGUUUCUAAAUCAUUUGUAAAAACGCCAAUUUUUAAUAUUCAUUUUUUGUACGACCUUAGUUAAUAGUAAGACACUUUGUAUGCUUUUGAUGCAGAAUACAAAUUUAAUUUAUUAAUAACAUUAACACACACACACACACAUACAUACAUACAUACAUAUAUAUGCAAAUUCGGAUAAGUCUGAGAGCGUGAGUGAUAUUGUGUUUAGGGUGCUGCAUCGACAAAACAGAGCAUGAAUAAAAUUUAACUAUUGCAUAUAUAUACAUAUAUAUUUAAAUAAAGAGUUCAUCUGUUUGUGUCUUAAAUAAGUUGAAAUGCUUUUUGUGUACACAAAGAAAUCAAUGAAAAAAUUUACAAUUUAAAUAAGAAAUAUUUAAAAAAAAAAAAACAAAAACUUUAUCAAUUUCAAUUUGGAUGUUAUUAAAAAAAAACCCAAUGAACAUUAUAUUAUAUUAAAUGUCUAGAUACGUAAUUGUUUAGCUAUUUCAAUUUAUGCAAAACCUGCAAAACAUUAAUAAAAAACUAUUAAAGCUCUUAAUUAUAAAGCAAACAAUUAUCAAAAUGCAAUUCAAUUGCAAAUAAAUGGAAAAUCUCCAAAAAAAAAGAAAAUCUGUUAUGGAAUUUUCCAAAUAUAUAUUUAAUAAAAAAAAAAAUCGUUUUUUUUUUUGACAAAAUCAAAAACAACAAUUAUUUUACAGUGUAUUCCUAUUCGUAUUCAUCUCAAAUAGCUUCCAUAUGUUUGCUUCCUUCAAAUAUUGUGUAUUUGAGUUUAUUUUUGUUAGAUAAGAAUAUUGCAAAAUUCAAGCCGUCCCGGUACAUAAUAUACAAAUACUUGAAAUUGAUCAAAAAACGAAAUUAUAUAUAUAUAUUGAUUUUGCCAUGGGUUUCAAAUUAUGUUUGCAGAGUUAGCUCAAAAAGAAAUAUAUAUAAUGAAGUGCUCUUUGAUAAUGUCAGUAAAACAAUUAGAAAUAAUAUAUAUAUUUAGAUCAAUAUACAAGCAGGUGUUUUCAAAAAUAACAAAAAGAUCAAAAGAAAAAAGUGGUACAAAUAGUCAAAAGUGAAAUAUAACAUUCAAGGAAGGCAACACAAAAACAUUUUUGUAUGGUAUUUACAGCUAUCGGAUGAGAGAUAUAAUUAAACUAUUCUCCAAAUCGGAUCUAAAUACGUGAAUAUAUAUUCAAAUUCAGUUUGUUUCAAUAAAUACCCAAUGUAUAUGAAUAUCUAUUCAAUAAAUACCCAAUUUUUCACUAAAUACCAAAUAUAUAUGAAUAUAUAUUCGAAUACAGUUUGUUUCAAUAACUUCCCUAUGUUUCCAUAAAUACCCAAUUUUUCACUAAAUACCCAAUGUAUAUGAAUAUGUAUUCAAAUACAGUUUGUUUCAAUAAAUUCCCUAUAUUUCAAUAAAUACCCAAUUUUUCAAUAAAUACCUAAUGUAUAUGAAUAUCUAUUCAAUAAAUACCCAAUUUUUCACUAAAUACCCAAUAUAUAUGAAUAUAUAUUCGAAUACAGUUUGUUUCAAUAACUUCCCUAUGUUUCAAUAAAUACCCAAUUUUUCAAUAAAUACCCAAUGUAUAUGAAUAUGUAUUCAUAUACAGUUUGUUUCAAUAAAUUCCCCAUGUUUCAAUAAAUACCAAAUUUUUCACUAAAUACCCAAUGUAUAUGAAUAUCUAUUCAAUAAAUACCCAAUUUUUAACUAAAUACCCAAUAUAUAUGAAUAUAUAUUCGAAUACAGUUUGUUUCAAUAACUUCCCUAUGUUUCAAUAAAUACCCAAUUUUUCACUAAAUACCCAAUAUAUAUGAAUAUAUAUUCAAAUACAGUUUGUUUCAAUAAAUUCUCCAUGUUUCAAUAAAUACCAAAUUUUUCACUAAAUACCUAAUGUAUAUGAAUAUGUAUUCAAAUACAGUUGGUUUCAAUAAAUACCCAAUGUACUUAGCUUACGUAGAUUUUGAUGACAUCUAAUUGUGCUUAAAAUAUUAAACUCCAAUAACUAUAACUAUACUGAAUACUUACUAUAUACAUAUGUUGUUUUUGUUACACGAAAUACCAUUAAAAAACUAUUUAAUAUAACUUAAUGGGUGGCAUACAAACAAACAAGAUGAAGACAUUAUCAAGUAUAUGCAUUACAAUUUUAGGUAUUUUCGUUUAAGGAUUUUGACGAUUUCGUCAUUUUUAAAUGUAAAGAUGUAAUAAAAUGAAUAAAAUAUAUAACAAUAUACCAACGCUCAACCGAAUAUGUUUUGUUUAUAUGACUUUUGAAAUGUCUACAGAAGGCUUUGCAUUUUUAUUUCGGCUCUCUACUCCGACACUUCAGUAUAACAUUCACAAGUACUAAAGAAACAUUCAGUAAGAUAAAUAUUGUCGCUCAAUUGUCGACGUUUCUAAAUUUUACUCUGUGCAUAUCGUGUAUAUUUUAUAAAAACAAAAAAAAAAUAAUCAUAAUAGUUGUGACAGUGUAAUUGCUUUGAAAUCAUGAGCGAUCUA